AUGGCGAGAUUCAGAAAUACUAAGGCAGCUGAUGUGCUGUCGAAGUUGGCCACCAGCCAGGAACCUGGCCUCACCAGCGCCCAGUUGAUGUUGAUCAACGAGGAUUUAAAGCCCGUGGAACCAGAACGCCGUCAAUGGGGACCUUGGAACUUUGUCGGGUUUUGGAUUGCUGACUCGUUCAACAUCAACACUUGGAUGAUCGCUUCUUCGAGUAUCGUUGGUGGCGGUCUCGCAUGGUGGCAAGCAUGGCUUUGUGUGUGGAUAGGUUACUUUAUCGCCGCCGUCUUCAUCUGCCUGACUGGGCGCAUUGGUGCCGUGUACCACAUCUCGUUUCCGGUCAUGUCACGGGCCUCUUUUGGUAUCUGGGGCUCCUUGUGGCCUGUCUUCAACCGCGCAGGGAUGGCGUGCGUCUGGUAUGGCGUUCAAUCUUGGAUAGGCGGCCAAUGUGUGACUCUGAUGAUCAGAGCGAUUUGGCCGUCGUUCUAUACUCUCCACAACGGAAUCCCUGGAUCAGGCACGACCACUAGAGAUUUUGUUGGCUUCUUCAUUUUCUGGGUCGGGUCUCUACCAGCCAUUUACUUCCCAGUCCACAAGAUUCGACAUCUCUUUACAGUCAAGGCAUACUUUGUGCCAUGUGCUGGCAUGGCCUUUUUUGGCUGGGCCAUUGCAAGAGCACAUGGAAUCGGUCCUAUUGUUCAUCAACCAGCGACAUCAACCGGAUCGAAACUAGCUUGGGGUUGGAUCUCGGGAAUCAUGAGUUCCAUUGCCAAUUUUGCAACUCUCAUUGUCAACGACUCGGAUUUCACCCGGUUCGCCAACCGACCAGUUGCGGCACUCUGGUCGCAACUCUUUACAAUCCCCAUCGGAUUCGCCGUCACUUCCUUCAUCGGGAUCAUUGUGUCGUCAUCGUCCACUGUGAUCUACGGCAAUGCCAUCUGGAAUCCUCUCGACCUCCUCUCACAGUUCCUCCUGGAUGACGCAACAGGAGCCGAGCGAUUUGGUGUGUUUGUGAUUGCGGCUGCAUUUGUGUUGGCUCAACUGGGCACGAACAUUGCAGCAAACAGCGUGUCAGCCGGUACCGACAUGACAGCCUUGCUUCCUCGAUAUAUCAACAUCCGCCGCGGAGGUUACAUCUGCGCCAUUAUCGGUCUGUGCAUGUGUCCCUGGAACUUGCUCAGCUCGUCGAACAAUUUUACCACGUAUCUGUCCGCGUAUUCGGUCUUCCUGUCGUCUAUUGCCGGUGUCAUCCUCUGCGAUUAUUACAUUGUCCGAAAAGGGUAUCUUGACCUCAAGGGGCUUUACCAGGCGCAUCAUGCCUCACCCUAUUACUACUGGAUGGGGUGGUCCUGGCGCGGUUAUGUCGCUUACAUCUGUGGCAUAGCAAUCAAUGUCGUGGGCUUCGUGGACGCCAUCGGCACGGAGGGUCCUAUGCCCAUGGGCGCCGUCUACAUUUAUCGAUUCAACUUCUUCUGUGGCCUCAUCGUCUCCAUGGCCGUCUAUUAUCUUCUGUGCUGGUGGAAGCCUAUUCCUGCGACAAGCACUGUUUGGUGUGAGAAACCUGACGCCGCGGACCGGCAGUUCUCGGUCGUCUAUGAUGGUGAAGGUUACGACGAGGAACGAUCAAUAGGCAGCGUUGAUGUCGAUGACGGCACCGGCGUGGGUGGACAUGCCCAGCAUGGACGACCUGAAUUUGGACCUGAAUUUGCUCAACCAGAUGAGAAAAAGACUGUGUACAAGGACAAGGCGCAUGAGGCAGACUUUUGA